AUGUUGCGUCCUUACGCAUUACUACUUCUACUGCCAGCUGCUACUUUGGGGUUCAUCGUAUUGCCAUAUAUUCAGAUCGACUAUGCACAUUAUUUCCGUUUGGCACAAUGCCAAGCUAAGUGCACAGAAAAAGUAAGUGGUGCAGGUGUCAGUUGUAAUAGUUUUCUAUUGGCAAGGAACGGUUUAUGGCGCAGGCCAAGUGGACCCACCAGAUAUGUUAUCCGAUGGAGACAGCGAAGCCAACUCCUGGGGAACAGAGACGAAGCCCAGUGGAUUACGGCUUCGGUUGAACCCGGUACUUUCUUCAAAGUGAGAGGAUUGAUUCCCGGCGUGCAGUACAGUUUCAUGGUGACCGCUGUAGGACCCAGUGGCCGUCUCGGCAACACUAUUACUAGUCCUUGGACAGAGAUUUUAAGCAGUGCCACGGUUAAAGCACCAACACCACCACUGACACUGAAAAACGGUUACAACACAGAUCGCGGGGUUAUAGCUCAGCUGGAAUGGCCAAGGACCCCGCAAGAUUCGUGUUACUACAAGCUCCAGCUCAGCAACAGUUCAUCUCAAACCAACCGGGAUGUUGAGCUGGAUGCAUCCUUCUCGAUUCUCCUACCUCAUCUCGAGUUCGACUCUGACUAUACCGUUUCGUUAGCUGCAGUCUCAGCUGAUAAACUCCAAACCAGCAAAUCGAUCACCGCACACUUCAAAUCGCUUCCCUGCAAAGACAUCCACGGCCGUGGGAGUCUCCAGUGUGUACCUUUAGCUCCUGAGCCUGUAUCCGAUUUGGCUAUAACCGUUCGACCCAAUGGAACAGGAUUGAUCACCUGGACACCGUCAGCUGAUUCACAAAAUAUUCUCUUCUAUCAAGUUGUUUACCAUGCUCUCGAACAUGGAAUAGGCUGUCGGGUGAGAAAGGAGACCGUCAACGUCAAAGCGAUCGUUAACUUCGCAGAAGUGACUUUCCCGGGCCAACAAUGCGAAUACGUGGUUCGGGUCAUCAACUACGAUCUCAUCGGAAGAGAUGCAUCUACAGAAGCACGAAUCCGCGUGGAACCCUCCCCUCCCCUGCAUGUCAAAUUCAUCGUUCGCCCAGAGGUUGUCACCAUUGCUGCAUGUCUCGUAUUCCUUCCAUUCGCUCUUCUUCUUCUCUUCUGUCGUCAUCGUCGAUGCCCCCAUCGAGUUAUGGAAAAACAUCCCAAACUUACCGAAUACGUCUGA